CUAAAGUGUGCUAUUGGCAACAUUGGUUUUUAUUUAAAAUUGUAAAACUUGAAUGGGGAAAUGAAGUGAGUGGUUGAUGUAAUGGUGGAGUGUGAAAGCACAAUUACUAAGGGAAUAUAUUUGGUUUACUGAGGUCAUCCAUCCAUAAUUGAAUAAGUUUCAAUUCAUUGUUAUCAUUACUUGUUGAUACCCUGAUCUUCCUGAUUAGCGGGACCACAGACUUUUCAAGACUCCGAGCAGGACAUAUAAGAGAUCUUGAGCAGGACCCAGGAUAUAAUGCUGAAUGAAUUGGACUUCCUUGAUUUUCCAAAAAUUUGUCGACUCUGUCUAGAAAAGAGGGUAUCAAAAAAUAUUUUUGAGAUACCAUAUCACUUAUUAAUCAUUCAAAAAAUAUCAAAUGUCAAGGUACAAGAAAAUGACAUCUUUCCAAAAAACAUAUGCGAUAAGUGCAACCAGAAACUCGAGGAUAUCUCUCGGUUUAUUGAAAUGUGCAAUGAAAAUAAUGAUAUUUUAAUUGCCAUUCAAGCAAAUAAAACACAAGCAGAUUUUCAUGUUAAAAUCGAGAACACAGUUACUACUCCAGUUCCAAGUAUACAACGAAAUGAUCAGGAUGAUAAGGAUUCUGUGAAAUCUGAUCCUAUUUGUGCUGAUGAUUUAUUCCAUCAAAUUAAUGAUUUUUCCAGGAUCAGUUUUAAAUGUUGUAUCUGUGAAUGGACAGGUGACAGCAAAAAAGCUUUAAAAAAGCAUGAAAAUGAGCAUCUCGAAGUAUUGACAAACACUAACAUAAAAAAAUGGAAAUGUACUAACUGUAGUAAGUUGUUUCUUAAAAAAAUUGAUUUACAACGUCAUCAACGAAUCCAUACUGGUCUCAAACCAUUUUCUUGUAAUAUUUGCUCAAGACGCUUCACACAAAAAAGUACUUUGGAUCGUCAUAUUAUAUCUCUUCAUUCAAAAAGUGAGAUACAAAAAUAUAGUUUUCAAUGCUACAUUUGUGAAAGAAAAUUUGCCAGGAAGGACCAUUUAGAAGCUCAUAUGAUAAAUAUUCACAUUAAAAAGCAGAAUAAUACAUCUCUUGAUCUCAAUGAAUAUUUAGACCUGAGGUCCUGUAGAACAUGUGGUAAAACUUUCAGUAUGUAUUCUUACUUACAAUGCCAUCUGACAGUACAUGAAGAUGAUUUCAAAAUCAAAAAACACAAGGGUACAACCAAAAGCUUUCGAUUCACCACCACUUCAAAUUUGUGUUGUAUUUGUGGAAAAACUUUUGAGAAACGAAAAACAUACCAAACGCACAUGCGUAGAAAUCAUUCAAAUAAAAAGUACCAAACAAAACCUAGGUCACAAAUCAUUCAAAAAGACCACUUUCAGUGUUGGCAUUGUGGAAAAAUUUUCUCUACCCAUUCAAAUUUGAAAGUUCAUAUACGUAUACAUACAGGAGAAAAACCAUAUGAGUGCAAAUUCUGUGGUCAAAAAUUUUCUGCUUACUCUACCUGGCACGGUCAUGAAAAUAUUCACACUGGAGCAAAACCAUUCCAAUGUGAUUAUUGUAAAAAAGGUUUUAGACAACGUGGUUCUUUGAGAAAACAUUUAAGAUCAUCAGUUCAUAAAAAGUUAUUGAAUAUUUAAUCAUUUGAAGAUAUUUUGGUGUACCUACUUCUUUAUAACACUUCAUUGUCCAAGAAUUUCUAAAAAAAUUGACUGAAAUUACUUGAUUAAGAGUUUGUAUAUGCCUCUAAUACACACUAGUAUUCCAGCUCCAUUUCUAAUUAAUUAACCAAACUUUGUGAAUUGUAUAAAGGUAUGUUAUAAGAAUGGAUCUUUCACAAUGUGUGAAUAAAAUUGUAAACGUACUAUGUAAUGUAUGCCUUUGACCUUAUGUUUUCAGCACAAUUUCUAAAUAUGAAGCAUAUAAAAACACAAAGAAUUGCAAAAGACUUGAUGCAUGCUUAGAAGGUGAUGUCAGGACUGAAUUGAGUCACUUGUCUAUUUAAUUAUUUGAACUUUUAAUUAAUUAUAUGUACAUUCCAUUUAGGCUUACAUAACUUGCAGUUUAGAUUGAUUUAAGAUCUUAUGUAUUUAUAAUAUAGUACAUGGUUGGAAGUAAAAUUAAUAAAACAUGUUGAGUCAG